CAUGAAAGCAUUAAUACUUGUGGGAGGAUAUGGAACUAGAUUGAGACCUCUUACAUUUAAAUGUCCCAAACCACUUGUAGAAUUUGCUAAUAAGCCAAUUCUUAUGCAUUAGAUUGAAGCAUUAGUAAAUAUAUAUUAAAUACUGAGGUAAAAGUAGGAGUGUAGGAAAUUAUUUUAGCCAUCAAUUAUCAACCUGAUACUAUGAAGGAUUAAAUCAAUAAAUUACAGGAUCUUUACAAAGUCAAAAUCAUAUGUUCAUAAGAAACAGAACCUUUAGGAACUGCUGGACCUAUUAGACUUGCCAAAGAUCACAUUAUCAAAGAUAAUCCUGAUGGUUUAUUCUUUGUACUUAAUAGUGAUAUUAUUUGUGAAUUCCCACUUGAUAAAUUAUUACAAUUUCACAAAUAGCAUAAUCAUGAAGGGUUUAAAUUAUUUAUAUAUUAAUAGAACUAUAUUNAUUCUUUAGUAUUAAAAUUGAUCAAAAUUAUCAUUUAAUUCUGUUAAUCAAGCACUUUCGAAAUAAGUACGUUUAUAAUGUAUAUAAUGAUUAGAAAUGUAUAAGUUAAUCUUCACUUAAGAUUCAAGCUAAAUUUUAUCUCUAUAAAACUAUCAUUUUGAAAUAGAUAUAGUCAGUAUCAAAUUCUAUAAUAAAUAAUUAAUUUCAAGAAAAAAAUGA